AGCAAUCGAGUCGGAGUCAAAUAAACAACGCGUUGGAAGUUGCCUGGCUCCCGUCAACAAAGCUGAUUUUAACGAUGCCGGAGAGUUAAAUAGUUCUUUAUUGCAGCUCAAAUAUUGUUACUGGGGCCCAACCGGCGGCGCAGAAGGUGGAGAAGUUUGACAUUUUGACAACAUUGUCCGGGCGAGGGAUUGCUAACAUGCUAGCAGCCGUUGCAGAGAUGAGGGCUCGGGAGUAAUGGCCAGCUGCCAUGUCCUCCACCACUGAUGCUGCCGCUGCCAUGGCAACCCUGGCCUUGGAGCAGGCUACGGACCGCCACGCCAGGCUCAUCCUGGCCCGGAUGAACAAGAUGCGGCUCAGCGCCGACUUCUGCGACGUGAGGCUGAGGGUCGGCGGCCGCGUCUUCAAAGUCCACCGGCUGGUGCUGGCGGCCGCCAGCCCCUACUUCUCCGCUCUCUUCUCCCUGGGGAUGAGCGAGGCGGCGAAGGAGGAGGUGGAGAUCCUGGGGGUAGACGGGGACGCCUUUGAGGUCCUGCUGGGCUUCGUCUACACAGGCGCCAUCAACGUGACGGUGGACAACGUCCAGGAGCUGAUGUUGGCCGCGGACAUGCUGCAGCUCAACGAGAUCGUGUCCAUCUGCGGGGACUUCCUCAAAGGCCAGAUGGACUCCUCCAAUUGUGUGGGCAUGUUUCAGUUCCUGGAGCAGAUUGCCUGCGUGACGAUGUUGGAGUUCUCCGAGAACUACAUCCACGGUCACUUCCUGGAGGUCUGUAUCGGCGACGAGUUCAAGGGCCUCGCCAAGGAUCAGAUUGUCAAACUCCUGAAGAGCGAAGAGCUGCGGAUCGAGGACGAGUACCAGGUGUUCACCGCAGCCAUGGACUGGCUUCUCCACGACGUGGGCAAAAGAAAGAAGUACGUCGUGGAGGUGUUGGAACCAGUCCGCUUCCCUCUGCUCUCCCCACAGAGGCUGCUCAAGUACAUCGAGGAUAUUGCUGACUUCAGCCUGCGGGUGGCGCUGCAGACCCUGUUGAAGGAAUACAUUGAAGUCACCAAGUCCCCCAAAGACCACAAGAUGAACAACCAACUCCAGCAAGUCAAGAUGCGACCCAGAAGGAAAGCCAGGAAAUACCUUUACGCCAUAGGAGGCUACAUUCGCCUACAGGGCGGCCGCUGGAAUGACAAUCGGGCGUUAAGUUGCGUGGAGCGCUUUGACACCUUCAACCAGUACUGGACCACCGUGUCGUCUCUGCACCAGGCUCGCAGCGGGCUGGGGUUGGCGGUGAUGGAAGGCAUGAUCUAUGUGGUGGGAGGGGAGAAAGACUCCAUGAUCUUUGACUGCACCGAGCGAUACGACCCGGUGACCAAACAGUGGGCCGCCGUGGCGUCUUUGAAUUUCCCUCGAUGUGGAGUUGGCGUCUGUCCCUGCAAUGGCGCUCUCUACGCCUUUGGCGGCUGGAUCGGCUCGGAGAUCGGCAAGACGAUGGAGCGUUACGACCCGGAGGACAACAAGUGGGAGGUCAUCGGCUACAUGAUGUCUCCCCGCUAUUACUUUGGUUGCUGCGAGCUGCAAGGUGCCGCCUCCCAUACCCCCCCCCCCCACGUGUCUCUGGCCGUGUCACCCACCGUGUCCUGGCCUCCUUCCAGGUCUCAUCUACGUGGUCGGGGGAAUCAGCGAGGAAAGCAGGGAGCUGCGCUCCACAGAGACCUACGAUCCCAUCAGCCGCCGGUGGAGCGCCUUGCCUGUCAUGGUCACACGCCGGGCCUACGUGGGCGUGGCCUGCCUCAACAACUGCAUUUACGCAGUGGGCGGCUGGAACCAGUCCCAGGGGGCUUUGGAGACCGUGGAGAAGUACUGUCCAGAGGAGGAGAAGUGGUUCCAGGUGGCCCCGAUGUCCAACCCACGCGCAGGUGUGUCCGUGUCGGUAGUGAACGGGCUGCUCUACGCCGUCGGAGGAAGAGCGGCCAGCAGGGACUUCUCCGCCCCGGUGACUGUGGACUGUGUGGAGAUCUACGACCCUCACCUGGACACCUGGACGGAGGUGGGCAACAUGAUCACCAGUCGCUGUGACGGAGGACUGGCCGUGCUCUGACCACCUGGUGGGAACUGGAAUCUGCACCUUACCUGUGCCACAGGGUAUUUAUACACUUUCUUCCCGCUCAAGUCAUUUCUUCCCUUCACUCAAACCGGCUCGCCGGAGCUUUUUCAAAAAUGUAUGAAAAUGGAAAAAGUUUAGGGGGAAAAAUAUAUGUUUAGUUUGAAUAUGGUUUCUAUUGGAGGACAAACAUGACACAAACCUUCCUUAUUGUUGGAAAUCUUUGUAUUAAACAUGCCUCACCGAUGAGAGGAUUUGGCCAGC